UAUGAAGUAAGACGCAUAGGCCGAAAGCUAUUGUUGGUUCCACCUCUUAAAGGACCCUUCAAAUCCUCGAGGGCAAUCAUGUAAUGAGUGAAUCCUCGUCGCAUAAAACAGAAAUGAAACUGCAGAAAGCAAAGACAAGAUCGGUACCGCUCCAUAAAACAAUUUUUCAAUAAUUAGCAUCUCUAUUUUUGUUUCUUCUUGACAGGUGUAAAUUAGAAGUCAUAUUUGACGUGAGAACUGGGAAUGAGCAAUCGCAGGAAGAAGAAGCCCUAUGGUUCAAUCAGGCGGGAUUUAACGCUAAUGUUUGGUGAGGAUUUUGAUUUUCCGAGCAGCAAAGGAAAGUAGGCUUUGGAACAAUGCAAAGCAUAUUCUUUUUCUUUUUCCUGUUCAGACCUCGUUGAAGGAAGAAUUUUUUGAGACAAAGAUCUCUUUGUUAUCGUGUUUUUCUUCCAUGAGCCUUCUAUGGGGAAAGUCUGGGUUGAGGCAAGCCUCGUAUCUGCUCAUGGGCUCGGGUAUCCACCCUCGCUUUGGAAGCGUCAAUGGUUUGCUGUUGGAUGGAUUGAUCCUAACUGCAAAUAUUGUACCAAGGUUGAUGCCUCUGGGAGUGAAAAUCCUGUUUGGAAAACCAAGUUUGCCAUUCUGGUUGAUGACUCUGAGUCAGAGAUCAACAUCCAAGAUCUAGUGUUGAAUGUGGAAGUUCGUAGUAUAGAUCCUAUAUUCCUCACGGAAAAGGUACAUGGCUCUGCAUCUGUUAUCAUCAAAGAGUUUCUAGCGAAGAAGGUUCCAAAUUCAGAGGUUUCUUUAAGCACGGGAAAUGAGGAACUUCGGAGCUACCAAUUACGAAAGAAGGAUUCCGACAAACCAGCAGGCUUCAUUGAUAUUUCAGUUCGUAUUUUGGAGGAAAAGAAAGGGCAAAAUUCGAACCUAGGAAAGAAGAGAGGAAACUUGACUACAGAAAAUGGAUUAGGGGAGGAGUAUUCUUCCCCCCACCGCCAAAAGAAGGAAGCACGGACAAACAUUCCCGGCUCCUAUCCGAGGCAACUCCCUACCAACGACUCGGACACUGAUCCGGAUGAGGGCAGACCUAGUUACGAACGACGGAGAACUCCUCCUCCACCGCCCCCACCUUCAAAUGCCGGUUAUAUUCCCACUUUUCUACCCAAAAAUGAUUCCUUGCCACCACCAUCAUCUGGGCCAAACCCUCCUGAGAAUGUACCUCCGGGGUUGGCGAUGGGAGCUCUCAUAUUUGGGGAUGACUUCAUGUCUGGAUUUGAUGUUCCUUCUGGCCUUGCUUGUACCAUGCCCACUGAUCCUCCUUCCUGAACAAGUGCCAGGCUGCUUGCUUCUGUUGUAAAUGUUACUUGUUCUUUCUUAAAACAUUAAUUAAUACUA